AUGGUGUCUCACAUACUGGGGUUGAACCCUGUCGGCGACAACGUUGGUUACAGGGCAAAACAUCCGAGCAGGCUCCGAUGUAGGAAUGCUAGGCUGGGGCAAAUAGUGUGUCCUGGUGCUGUAGAUGGUUGGAAUGGAGACCCGGUAGCAACGAAAACACAAGAAAGCCCGGGCCGGGAGUGGAAAACCGAGUGUGGAUACGGGGUCACUCCAGUGGGAUCUGACGACUCGAAAGGCGGGUCUCCACUGCAGUCAACCGCUCGAAUGAUCAGCAGUCGUUCGCGAUUGUCGUCGCCAAUCAAAGCCGACAUCGCUGGAGAGAACGCCAAGGCUGUGGGAGGAAGAGAGACAGACAGGGAAAUGAAUAGUGACCAGGGCUGUCUGUCUGUUCCGUCUCUGCGGACUCUCCGUACUUACGUACCGCACUACAUCCUGAUUGACCCUGAUGCAUCCCACCACUUCGGGAAACCUAAGCAUUCAACUAGGUUAAUGAUAGAUAGAAGACAAACGGCAGAGGCUUGGUUCAUGAACCGUGGACGGUGUGGAAGCAAACCUGAUGCUGUCUGCUGGACAGAAGGAACAAGAACAAUCGAACGGAAAAAGCAAGUUACCUAUGGAGGUGGAUCAGCAACAUGCAAGAAGAACCUUCCAGUGCUGGCUAAACCCUAUGAGUCUACAACAUUGGCGGGGAAGUCCGACAAGGGUUGUUCUGCGAAUAGCACUCCAAUCGAACCCAUGCUUAUAGCCAUGCCUCGUGCCGCUUGCCACACCGAUAUUUUCAUCCAGACGGGCGGCAAUAUUGAGAUUCAGGCGGCUAAUGUACGUAGGACUGUGCUUUUGGAGGGGAGGGGCGACGGUACUCUCUCCGGCUGGUGGGCAGGCAGAAACCUAUCAUGGAGCUACGGGCGCGCAGCUGAGCGACUCAGCUUCGCAACUCUACUGACCACCUAUGCCACACUCAUCGGUGACCUCGUGUGCGUGCGCGAUACACAUUCCAAUGCUCCCCAGAUUUCAGCGGCAGGGCGUGCUCAUGGCAGACAUCUUAUCACCCGAAUUCUAGGCCUCACCGGGUCGAGCAUUACCGUAUUGCUUAUUGCAGUCACGGAUGUUUGCGCAAAGAAGGCUGAGCCCUACAUCCCUGGGCAAUAG